AUGAAGCGAGCAAUGGAGAUUGGAUCAAGGGGCUUCACCAACGCGGUAGUCCCACUGCUGUUCGCGGGAUCGAGUCGUCUCGAGCCGCUUGCCCGCCCAGAUCCUAUCGCACCACACGGCUUGCACGGCGGAGAGCAGAGUGAUUGCCGAGCCAAACCGCCAGGCUGCGCCGGGCACAAGACGUCGCCGGCCGGCUCAGGAGCCCGCCCCAUCGCUCCCCAAGCACCGCAAGGAACCUUUGAGCAUCACGACGAAAAGCAAGGAGGUAGGGCGCCACAUCUACCAAGGCUACGCUGGGCGAAGGGCAUCGGUCUUGCCAUCAUCGCUACCGCGACCAAUCACGGCCAGCCCUCUCUCGAGACUGGACCUGACGAGCGGGCGCGCUGA